CGACGUUCCUUCUUUCCACCCGCACAUUGCAUUCACACCUGCUGCCGCUGGCUGUUCUCUCUUUCUCUCUCGCUCUCAUUGCCAUCAUCGGUGGUUGGUGCGGUCUCACAGCAACAUCGAGGGUUUGGGUACCUCUCUCUCUCUCUCUCUGUCUCUCACUCACAGACACAUACACACAAAGACAGACACACAGACAGACACAUACUGUGUCUUCAUCGACAUCUGUUGUUGGCAGCCAUUUUUUCGUUUCCCUUUCUGACCGACUGCCGACCUAUCCAACCCUUCUUCUUCUUCUUCUUUUUCUUCUUCUUGUUCCUCCUCCUCGACGACCACCACCACUACCACUACUAUAGCCACCACAUUGUGAUUGGUGAUUUGGCCUUCUUUUUUGGUGGCGGUGACAACACCCACGACAACAAAACAGCCAAGCGCAGGGGUUUGAUCUCGACCGAUCGAUCGGGCCCAACCUGUGCACGUCAGCAGACGAAACCAAGCUCAAAACCAAGCUGAUGGCCCGGCAUCGGGCCAAUCGUGCUGGCUCCUUCUGCCUUUGCGUUGCUGACACACGCAGGGCUGCAACAACGACAACUACCAUGUCUGCCACACGACCAUCAUCCCGCGUCAAGACGCCAACGGCAUCUCCGUUGCCUUGGCUGCUUGUCGCACUGUUCUUCGUGAGCGCUGGCCUCGCAUCCGCUGAUACAGCGCCGUGCAGCGCCGGCUUCUACGCCAACAACAACAACACCUGCAUCCAAUGCUCAGCCGGUUACUAUUGUCUCGGGAACUUCGAUGCCCCGACACCUUGCUCCCCCGGAACGGAGAACCCUCUUCCUGGACAAACGUCAUCUGCCAGCUGCACGGCAUGUGCGGACGGCGAGUACUCUGAUUAUGCAGCAACAGCAUGCACGUCGUGCCCGGCAGGCAGCGCUUGCGCCGAUCCGGCGGCGGCCCCAACGCUUUGCAUCGCAGGCAAAUAUGCCCCAGCAGCUCAGACCGCAUGCUUGGACUGCCCUGCUGGGUACCGGUGCCCGAUUGACGGGAUGGGUGCACCGACUGCGUGCGCCGACGGCACCUACAGCACCGGCAACGCGGAGGUGUGCGUGGAGUGCCCUGGCGGGUAUGCGUGCAUGGAUGCGAGUGCGACGCCUGUGAUCUGUGGGGAAGGGUACUACAGCGAGGCUGGGAGCACAUCGUGCGAGCUGUGCCGGAAUGGGACAGCGUGUGGGGGCCAAGGCAACAGCAUGCCUGUGACGUGUGGUGCUGGGACGUACAGCGGGUAUGGGGCGGCACAGUGUGAGCCGUGCCCACUUGGCUUUUACUGCCCUGUUCCACUUCUUGGUACGUGUGCGUGUGCGACGGGCCACUACAGCGAGCCUGGGUCUGACGGGUGCACGGCGUGCCCUGCAGGGACGUACUGCCCAACGCAGGAGGGCCCGCAGCGGCGGCCGACGGCGUGUGCAGAGGGGACGUAUGCGGAUGCGGAGGCGCAGACGUCGUGCACGCUGUGCCCUGCUGGGUAUGCGUGCUACGAUGCGAGUGUUGCGCCUGUUGGGUGCGCUGCUGGGACGUACAGCGGGGAGGGCGCGACCAACUGCACCACAUGCCCUACCGGGCACUACUGCGAGGCGCUUGCUGAUGCGCCUGUGGAGUGUUUGAGCGGGACGUAUGCUGCCAGCGGGCAGUCGUCAUGUGAUGACUGCCCUGCUGGGUACCGGUGCCCGAUUGACGGGAUGGGUGCACCGACUGCGUGCGCCGACGGCACCUACAGCACCGGCAACGCGGCGUGUGCGACGGGCCACUACAGCGAGCCUGGGUCUGACGGGUGCACGGCGUGCCCUGCAGGGACGUACUGCCCAACGCAGGAGGGCCCGCAGCGGCGGCCGACGGCGUGUGCAGAGGGGACGUAUGCGGAUGCGGAGGCGCAGACGUCGUGCACGCUGUGCCCUGCUGGGUAUGCGUGCUACGAUGCGAGUGUUGCGCCUGUUGGGUGCGCUGCUGGGACGUACAGCGGGGAGGGCGCGACCAACUGCACCACAUGCCCUACCGGGCACUAUUGUGCGUUCAUGUCGACAACCCCUCGCCGCUGCGCUGCUGGCACCUACGCGCACGAAGGCCAGGGUGAAUGCACCGCUUGCGUUGCUGGUCAGUAUUCGCUUGCGGGAGCGUCGUCAUGCAAAACGUGUGCCUCUGGAUACUACACCACCAGCAACAGCUCUUCCACAUGCAGUAUCUGUCCGACUGGCUAUGCUUGUGGGGAUCCAUCCUCUUCCCCGGUGGAGUGCCCUUCCAACAGCUUCGCCCCUGCUGGCUCCACGGUGUGCCAGUCGUGCCCCGACGGCUACUCCUGCAACGGCGACAGCUUGGACCUCUGCCCGCUCGGCCAGUACUCGAAUGGCGGCACGUGUGAGGACUGCCCUGCCGGAAACUAUUGCCCGAACCCCUUGUCGCAGCCCAUCCAGUGCCCAUCUGGGCGCUAUGCGAACGAAACUGGCCGCUCGAGCUGCCUGCCGUGCCCAAAGGGCCACUCCUGCUACAACCCUGCCCAUGCCCCAACGGCGUGUGCUGCGGGCACGUACAGCAUCGCUGGCGCCAUUGGCUGCGAUGCAUGUUCAUCCGGCACAUUCUCCAGCGAAGGCGCCGACCACUGUUCUCCAUGCAGUCUUGGCUACACCUGCGCCGACCCAUCCUCGCCCCAGCCCUGCCCUGCUGGCACGUACUCCACCUCUGACGGUGUUUGCAGGGACUGCGAUGUUGGCUCGUACAGCCCGGCUGGCUCGCACGCGUGCUUCCCAUGCCCGCCCGGGUAUGCAUGUGGCGAUCCUGGCAGCCCAACGCUGUGCUCCAACGGCACCUGGUCGCCCGGCGGUGACGUGAGCGUGUGUGAGACGUGCGUUGCCGGGUACAAGUGCGUCUCCGGCAUGCAGCCGGUCGCUUGUCGGUCUGGCACGUACUCGACCAGUGGCGCUUCCACUUGUGAGCCGUGCCCCGUCAACCACAAGUGCACGGCCACAAACGUUGUGCCCGAAGCCUGCGAUGACGGCGACUAUUCCCCUGCGGGAACCACGUUCUGCUCGUCGUGCCCUGCUGGCUACGCGUGCGACACGGGCGAGCCUGUGGCCUGUGGUGACGGGUGGUAUUCCCUUGAUGGCGAGAUGAUGUGCACUUCCUGCCCUGCUGGGUCGUCGUGCCCCGUUCCCGAGGUUGCGCCUGUGGCUUGCGGCUCGGGCUACUACGCGCUUGGCGGCAACACGACAUGCUCCCUGUGCCCUGCUGGGUUCCAAUGCCUGCAGGCAAGCACGCCGGUUGCCUGUGCUGGUGGAUUCUACUCUCGAGCUGGCUCGAUCCGCUGCUCGGAAUGCCCACCUGGUUAUGCGUGCCCAACGCCCUCCGAUACGCCAGUUGUCUGCUCGCCUGGCUCGUACAGUGUUGGGCAGCAGCAAUCCUGCACCAACUGCACCGCUGGCUUUGCUUGCCCCUCCAUCACAGACCCCGCGGCGGCCGUGUCCUGCAAGGCGGGCACGUUCUCGGGAUCUGGCGCCGAGCUGUGCAGCAUCUGCCCCGCUGGCAUGUAUUGUUCUGCUACAAACACGGCGGAUGGCGACCAGCUGGCCUGCCCGGCCGGCAGCUUUUCCGUAGGCGGCCAGGCCACAUGCACGCAAUGCCCAGCUGGAUGGGCGUGCCCUGCUGUUGAUGGCAGCCAGAACUUCCCGUGCCUGCCCGGCACGUUUUCUGGGCCGAAUGCGACCAUGUGCACCGACUGCGCUGCUGGUGAGGCCUGCCCCGUGCCAACAACGGACAGCAGCAUCACGUGUGCACCAGGCACUUAUGCGGUUGCGGGCUCCACGUACUGUACAACCUGUCCCAAGGGCAAGGCGUGCAAGGACACAGCCACGGACGCCACGCAGGACUGCCCGGCAGGCUCAUACUCGGUUGGCGGGCAAGUCAACUGCACAGAAUGCCGUGCCGGGUUUGCGUGCCCUUCUAUCUACGACGACCUGCAGAUCACAUGCGGGUCUGGGUUUUACUCUCUGGCCGGACAGACAGAGUGCACGGGCUGCCCUGCCGGAAGCUACUGCCCCAACACAGCCUCAGAGCCCAUCGCUUGUCCACCUGGAUCGUACAGCGCAGCACAUAGCACAGAGUGCACGGUGUGCCCUGCUGGGUACGAGUGUUCCAAUGCGGCCAUCGCCCCUGUGGUGUGCGCUGCUGGCACAUACAGCGUCGCCAACUCAACAGCGUGUCUGCAGUGCAACGCCGGGUAUGCGUGCCCGUCAGGGUCACAGAACGCCAACGACACACGCUACCUGUGCCCUGCCGGCUCCUACUGCCCGGAUGGCCUGAAUGUUGUCGUGUGCCCGCAGUACACAUACAUGCCGACGCAGGGUGCCGCCAGCGUGGACGACUGUCUUCGCUGUCCACCUGGCUACUACUGCCCAGCAGGCACUGGCGUGCUGAGCUCCAACGACCUCUGCCCAGAGGGCUACUACUGCAACGCUUCGUUUGUUCCCUGCCCAGCGACCACGUACAACGACCGGCGUGGCAUCUCGCUGGUGUCGCAGUGCAAGCUGUGUCCAAGCGGGCACUACUGCGACGCCGGCAGCAGCUCGCCACUGCUGUGCCCGCGCGGCAGCUACUGCGAGCCUGGCGUGUCGGUGCCAACGGACUGCGCUGUGGGCUCCUUCAACAACGAGACUGGCGCCGAGGACUCGUCGUUCUGUCAAACGUGCAUUGAGGGCCACUACUGCGUGGAAGGGUCCACCGUGCCCGAGCCGUGCCCAGCCGGCACGUACCAGUCGUACACGGGCCGCGGCGCGGAUACGGAUUGCUUGGAGUGCUGGGCAGGGCACACGUGCCCCUCCACGGGCACGGUGACGCCAACAGAAGGAUGCGCCACUGGCCACUACUGCCCACUCGGCACGUCUGUGUCCACGCAGAACCCUUGCCCUGCAGGCACAUACUUCAACUUCCACAACGCCACGACCGAGGACGACUGCAUGCCGUGUCCUGCGAGCAAGGCGUGCUACUCUGGGACAGGCGGCACGGACCAAGUGCCUGUGUCGUGCGCUGCCGGCCACUACUGCCCAGAGGGCACCCGCUACCCAACUGAGUUUGACUGCCCCGCAGGCACGUAUUCGACGUUGACCAACCUCAAGGACGCCGACGAGUGCACGGAGUGUCCCAAGGGGUCGUACUGCACGGGUGGUGACUCAGCCGUGUCCAACACCUGCCCACAGGGGUACUACUGCCCCGCGGGCACGCAGUACAGCACGCAGUUUGCCUGCCCUGCUGGCACGUACGGCGCUGCCACGGGGCUGGUGCGUGUGGAGGACUGCCUUGUGUGCCCAGAGGGUCACUACUGCCCAGCAGCGUCCACAGACCCGCAAACAGACACGCCGUGCCCGGCCGGCACGUACUCGUCACAGGAGGGCCUGCAGCUUGAGUCACAGUGCACCACCUGUGAUGCUGGGUACGAGUGCCCGGCCACGGGCAUGACCGAGCCAACCAUCUGCGAGCCAUCCACGUACAGCGCAGCUGGUGCCCAGGCCUGCCAGACGUGCUUGGCUGGGUACUACUGCCCGCUGAAUGGCACAACCGAGACAAUCAUGCUAUCGGAGCACGUGUGCCCUGCUGGCGUCACGUGCGAGGCUGGCCGCGACCAUGCCCCUGAUUUGGUGGACGACGCGUGCCCGGCCGGCUACUACUGCCUUGCUGGUGACAUCAACAGUUCGCCCCAGCCCUGCCCAGCAGGGACUUACCUCCCCUUCACUGGCGCUGAGGACUCCGAUCACUGCAUCGCUUGUCCGCGAGGCAUGUACUGCAACGACACGGCGCUGUCGGCGCCUGUUGGCGACUGCCCUGCUGGUUACUUCUGCGAGGAAGGCACGGCUGACCCGCACACGGACCCGUGUCCCAUUGCCUUCUACCUGGCCUACACGGGUGCGGAGUCGAGCAGCGACUGUGCCGUGUGUCCUGCGGGCUACUACUGCCCAACCCAGGCCACGGUGACCCCAAUCGUGUGCCCGGCUGGCCGUUACUGCCCCACCAACUCGGACCAGCCGUCCAGCUGCCCGCUGGGCACGUACUCCAACAGCACGGGCCUACGGCUGAGCUCCAGCUGCUUGUCGUGCCCGCCCGGCCGCUACUGCAGCGACAUGGGUCUCACGGAGCCGUCGGGCCUGUGCGAGGCCGGCUUCUAUUGCAUUGCCCGCGCACGUUCAUCUGCCCCAACCGACGGCGUUACCGGUGACCUCUGUCCCACAGGCGGCUACUGUGAGCUUGGUUCCAUCCAGCCCGUAUCAUGCCCAGCAGGCACAUACAGCAACACCUCUGGUGCUCUCGAUGCCAGCUAUUGUGUCGACUGUCCAGCCGGCUACUAUUGCGAAGGCAGCAACAAGCCCGAGCCGACAGGUGAAUGCUACGCUGGGUACUACUGUACUGGCGGUGCGACUGUGGCGACACAGUUCCCCACCACUCCCGGCCACUACACCAAGGCCGGCAGCCCGCACCAGACACCGUGCGAGCCUGGCACGUUCCAGCCCAGCGCACAAGCCUCGUCCUGCCUACCGUGCUUGGAAGGCUUCGUCUGUCCCAGCAAUGGUACAACGACGCCAACACCGUGCCCCGCUGGCGGCUAUUGCCCCGAAGGCUCGCACACCAAGCAGCCCUGCCCAGCCGGCACGUAUGCGCCCACAGGCGGCUUGAAGAACGUGACCGAGUGCACGCCGUGCCCCGUGGGCCAGUACUGUGAGACAACGGGCCUCUCCGCUCCGACGGGCGACUGCCUUGCCGGCUACUACUGCGAUGGCGGCAGCGUGACGUCCGUGCCCAUGCUGGCCAUUGAGGGUGGCGGGCUGUGCCCACAAGGCUACUACUGCCCCGCAGGCACCCGGCACCAGUUUGAGUCGCCCUGCCCGCGCGGCACGUUCAACAACCAGACGGGCCUGCAGUCGUCAGUGGGCUGCACCCCAUGCACCCCUGGCUUCUACUGCGAGACAGUGGGCCUGCGAGAGCCAACUGCACCAUGCAACGAAGGCCACUACUGCCUUGAAGGCCUUGACCUGCCAAACCCGUCGGAUGCUACGUCGCACCUUGGCGACGGCGACGUGUGCCCCCAGGGCCACGCCUGCCCGCUCGGCACGGCCUUCCCUGUGGCCUGCGACAACGGCACAUUCACCAACCACACGGGCGCAGCCGCGUGUUAUACGUGCCCUGCUGGCUACCAGUGCACGCGCAGGCUGCCGUUCCUCAGCACGCCGGGAGGUGUGUACGAUGUGGACGAGUGCCGCACGGGCCACUGGUGCCCAAGCGGCACCGGCAUUGACGCCGUUCCAUGCCCAGCGGGUACAUACAGCAGCAACACGGGCCUACGAUCUGCGGGCGACUGCACGCCGUGCGACCCCGGCUACUACUGCUCCCUCACCGGCGCGGAGUCCCUCGUCGAUGCCGGCGGCGGCCUGUGCGACGCCGGGUACUACUGCGCGGCGGGCGUGGAUGUCCCCGCGCCACAGGCCGAGUUCUCUGGCGUUGGCGGCCCGUGCCCCGCAGGCUACUUCUGCCCGCAGGGCACAUCCACGCCGCAGGCCUGCCCUGCUGGCACGUUCUCCAACACCACGCACCUGACCUCGGUCAACGAGUGCAUUGACUGCCUGCCUGGCAUGUACUGUGGCAGCGAGCACCUCACGGAGCCAACGGGUCCCUGCGAUGCGGGCUGGUACUGCACGCUUGGCGCGGACACGGCUCAGCCCACCAGCGCCUCGGGGACGGGCGCCAUCUGCCCCACGGGCAGCUACUGCCCGAGCGGCACGUCCUCGCCAUUCGACUGCCCAGCGGGUUCAUACAACCCGAUUGAGGGGCAGGCCGCGUGCUUUGCGUGCCCCUCUGGCUACUACUGCCCCGCAGGCACCUCUGCGUUUGCCGGCUACCCGUGUCCCGAGGGCCACUACUGCCCGCAGAACACCACGUUUGCCACGGAGUAUGAGUGCCCGCCCGGGACAUUCAACAAUGUCACGGGCGCUGAGGCCGUGGAAGACUGCAUCCCGUGUCCCCCUGGCUACUACUGCGAGCAGUUUGGCCUGUCACAGCCAACGGGGCCUUGCGACGAGGGCUGGUACUGCCAGCAGGGCGCCUCCACCGCCCGCCCCGCCAUCAACUCAACCGACCCCUCCGUGUGUCCGUUUAUCGGCCUUGGCGGCCGCUGCCCUCGCGGCUACUUCUGCCCCACCGCCUCCUUCACACCCACGCCGUGCGAGCCGGGGCGUGCGUGCACGAGCGAGGGUCUGGCCGCCAGCGACGAGGAGUGUGCGCCCGGCUUCCUGUGCUACGGCGCUGCCCUCACCGCCAUGCCCACGGAUGGCGUGACUGGGGAAGUCUGUCCCGCGGGCUACUACUGCCCUGCCGGCAGCUCCACCCCGAUUGCCUGCGCGGCGGGGACCUUUUCCAACGUGACCAUGGCCACCAACGUGAGCGCGUGCCUGCCUUGCCCAAUCGGCCACGCGUGCGUGAGCCAGGCCACCACGGACCCCGAGCCCUGCGCCGCGGGCUACUACUGCAACGAGGAAGGCCAAACAAGCACGACGCCGGGCUCAAAGCUGUGCCCGCCCGGGUAUUACUGCCCCGAAGGCACGCCCGACCGCGUCUCGUGCCCGUCUGGCAGCUACCAGGACGAGGACGGCCAGGCAGACUGCAAGCAGUGCCCGGCAAGCUACGUGUGCAACGCCACCGUUGCGCCCGUCACCAACCCGUACCUGGUGGCGUGCCCCGCUGGCUACUACUGCCCCGCCGGCACGCGCUUCGAGCAGGAGUACCCGUGUCCGGCUGGCACGUUCAGCAACGCCCUCGGCUUGGACGAGGAGAGCGACUGCACGCCAUGCACAGCCGGCAUGUACUGCGAGGAGGCCCACCUCACCGCGCCGACUGGGCCCUGCGACGCAGGCUUCUAUUGCACAGGCGGCGCAAGCUCAGCGCAGCCCACAAACGGCACCACGGGCGACGAGUGCCCCGUGGGCUCGUACUGCCCUGCCGGCAGCGAGAUACCGGUGGCCUGCCCGGAAGGGAGCGCCACCACAGAGACGAGGCAGUCCCGUGUGGACGACUGCGAGCUGUGUGGCCCUGGCCAGUACUGCGUGCAGGGGCAGCCGGCCGUUGACUGCGACCCCGGCUUUGUGUGCAAGCAAGGCGCGACCGUGCCAGACCCGGUUGCGUUUGCGUUCAACGACGAGCUGAACCAGACCACGGGCGGGUACAUCUGCCCCGCGGGGCACUACUGCCCAGGUGGCACGGGCGCAGAGCUGCUGUGCCUGCUGCACACGUACCAGCCAAGCCCUGGCCAGAGCGCGUGCCUGCCUUGCCCUGCCGGGCAGCAGUGCCUGACGCUCGGCCUCUCCGACACGGAGGACUGCGACAUUGGCUACUACUGCGAGGAAGGCGUGGCGCCGCAACCGUGCCCGGGUGGCACGUACGGCGCCGGCGAUGGCCUGCGCAGCAGCGGCGAGUGCACGACGUGCCCUGCCGGACACUACUGCAGUGGUCUCGGCGAAUCUGCGCCCACGGGCGAGUGUGCCGCGGGCUACCUGUGCCCGCAGGGGCAGAGCACGGCCACGCCGGCUGCCCACAAGUGCCCGGCCGGCAGCUACUGCGAGCAGGGGGCCAUCACGGAGACCAAGUGCCCUGCUGGCCGCUUCCGCGCCAACGAGCAGGGCGAGGGCCUGGACGACUGCGACCUGUGCACGCCUGGGUACUACUGCGACCGCACGGGGCUCACGGCGCCAACAAACCCCUGCGCUGCGGGCUACUACUGCCCCUCGGGUGUGGAGAAUGCCCUGGCAACGCCGUCCAACUACCAGUGCCCGCGCGGCUCGUACUGCCCGCAAGGGUCGCCGAGCCCGACCCAGUGCCCCGAUGGGACGUACCAGGACCAGCUGCGCCAGUCAACGUGCAAGCUGUGCCCCGCCGGCUACUACUGCAACAAUGGCGCGGAGGAGCCCGUCAUCUGCCCCGCAGAGCACUACUGCCCCGCCAACUCGUCGCUGCCCACCGUAUGCCCGGACGGCACGUACAACGAGGGCGAGGGCCUGACUGGCGCGGAGAGCUCCCCGUACGAGUGCCCGCCGUGCCCUGGCGGAAAGUACUGCACCCAGGGGCGCAUCACGGGCGACUGCGUUGCCGGGUACGUGUGCGUGUCCGCGAGCCCAAGCCCAACGCCAGACCUUGAGGACGGCACCGCCCGCCUCUGUGACGCGGGCCACUACUGCCCGGCCGGCACCAUCAACCCCACGCCGUGCCCCGCGCGCACGUACCGGGACACCUCUGGCGCGGAGCAGCUGAGCCAGUGCGCGAGCUGCCCUGCCGGCUUCACGUGCGGCAGCGCCACGGUGACCCCGGAGCCGUGCCCAACGGGCUACUACUGCCUCGAGGGCGACGACCCAACGCCGUGCCCUGUCGGCACGUACAACAACGCAACUGGCGCAGAGGAUGCGCUGGACUGCAUCGAGUGUCCCGCGGGCUACAUCUGCGAGACAAGCGGCACGUCCACGUACGAGCUCUUCUCCUGCAUCCCAGAUCACUACUGCCCCCAGGGCGUGGACAGCCCCAUCCCCUGCGCAGACGGCUCACGCUUCAGCGGCACUGGCCUCGGCUCUGAGGACGGCUGCACGCUGUGCCCGGGCGGGUUCCGCUGCCCCGGCCUCGAUGCCAACGACCGCAUGAAGCUCAUCCCCUGCACCGCCGGCACCUACUGCCCCGCUGGCGCCACGGAGGCCACGACCUGCCCCGGCGGAUACUACUGCCCCUCGCAGGCGUCCGCCCCCGUCAUCUGCCCUGGGUCGCACUACUGCCCCGCCGGCAGCACCGAUCCCACGGCGUGUGUCGCCUCGUACUACUGCCCCGAGGGCAGUUCGUCGCAGCGGCAGUGCCCUUACGGCUACCGCGGCAACUCGCAGGCGGUGGUUGACGCAAACGACCUGGCAACAGUGUCCACGGCCUGCGAGGCGUGUCCCGCGGGGACGUACGCGUACCUGGACGAUGACGACCUGGUGCAGUGCGGCAACUGCCCGACGGGCUACUUCUGCCCGCUCGCCGCUGGCGUGGACGCAACAAUGGCGCAGGUGGACUGCAACACCAACUCCCCCACGUACGUGUACGGCGACAUUGACCAGAGCGACCUGACGCUGCAGUCGUCCUACUACUGCGAGUGCCCUGUUGGCCAUUACUGCCCCAACAACACUGCGCUGCCGGUGGCCUGCCCCGCAGGCACGUACAACGACGCAGCUGGCAGCACCUCCCUGGACGCCUGCAAGCCGUGCCCGGCCAAUACGUACAACCCGGAGACGGCGCAGGCUGCCUGCCUGCCGUGCGGGUCCAGCGCGUACUCCGCAGCCGGUGCCACAUCGUGCAUCUGCUACGGCAACAACCGCAUCUUCUCCCGCGGUGACGGCGAGUGCACGUGCCGGUCUGGCUUUGUGUUCUUCGACGAGACUGGGAAGGAGGUGAGCGAGGGCGACAGCCGGGAGUCGUGCCAGCCGGAGACGCUCGCGCCCUGCGCCACCAACCAGGUGCUGUUUGGGAACCGCAUCUGCGUCAACCCCAACAACCGCGCUGCAGUGCAGUCCGUGUGCGCCGAGGAGUGCCGGGGUGCCACCAACGUGAAGAGCAUCAACGCCAACCUGGGCGUGUGCGAGUGCACGCAGUACGCGCUGGUGGAGGAGGUCUGCAACACCACGUGCAAGGCCCUGCAGUCGUCUCUCAAGUGCGCCAAUGACGGCACCUACCAGCUCAUCGACUCCCUGGGAACCGUCGCCUACGUGUUCAGCGAGUGCGCUGGCUUGCGCGGCACGUGUGCACCCGGAGCACGCAUCACACCGACGGCAUUGGAUGUCGUUGGUAAUGAUACCGUCGUGGUUGGCGUCUUUGCUGACGACACGUACUGGUUCAACCUGUGUGGUGUUUCCCUCGAGGCUCGACGCCGCCGCAGCAGCAGCGACAGCAACAGCGGCGACAACGCCACGGUCACUGCUGAAAAGCUCACUGCUGGCGGCGUUGAUGCUGGUGCUGGUGUUGGUGUUGGUGUUGGUGGAGAGAGUUUCGCCCCUGCUUCUGCUCCUGGGGCUGCCGCGUUUGCUGCGGUGGGGGCGGCGAGGCGAGUGCGUCGUGCCGAUGGCAGCGGAGGUGUGUCCACCACCGCCGGCAGCCCGGCCAUGCCAAACCCGCUCAUCUGCAUUGAAGCAGGUCAGGCGGUGACGUUCUCGCUGAGCCGCGACACGGAGCCAGCGUCUUUCCCGCGCUACGACAAGGACCACCUGCUCAACAGCAACCCGGACUUUGACUACGGUGCGUUCCGCGCCCUGGCGACGGUGGUGGAGCAGAGCGAGGCCCCCGUCAACUCGUUUGUGCACACGUUUGAAGACGCUGGCGUGUAUGUGUUCUACGACAACGCGCGCCCGAACGCUCGCACGUUUGUACGUGUGAUGGAGGAGGGCAGCACAUGCACGGAGAGCAUCCAGGCUGCGACGGCACAGAACCUGCAGGUUGUGGGCGCUUCCAAAUCAUCCACGACGCAGGAGCCGGACUUGACCAUUGUUGCGGCUGUGCUGAGUGUGCUGGGUGCCAUCAUCGCGGUUGGCUCCAUCGUGCUUCUGAUGUACCGCCCGGCCAAGUGGGCCGAGGAGCGGCAGAAGACGACGCGCCCGCAGUACCUGACCAAGGGUGCGGUGUCGCCGUAUCUGCUGGCCGCCGCAGACGGGCACGUGCUAGAGCGCAUCCGAUACGAGCCCAACCUGCUGGAGGGCCUGACGGUGCGGCAGUUGUUUGACCACCUCAACGACUACUCGAAGAAGGUGGAUGCGGAGCUGACGGAGCACGACCGGCAGAUCACAGACCACCUGCAGAAGAUCACCAAGGAGACAGAAGAGCUGCACCUCAUGGUGAAGGACAUGGACGUGGAGGAGCUCAAGCAGAGCCUGCGGGAGAUGGUCGAGACAUCCGCCUCGCUCACGGCGUCGCAGCAGGAGCGCAUGGCCGCACGCGCCUCAAAGGAGUCUGAGCUCAUCGACCGCGUGAAUGUGCUACUGAAGCGCCUGGGAUCCCGGGUGCGCGUGGAGGAUGCGUUGGCAGCAACGCCUGCAAGCGUUGGCAAGCAGCGCAGCGGCGACGCACUGGCGGCUGGCGCUCGACGCCGAAGCGGUGCCGGUGCUGGUGCCAUGCUGAGCAGCGGCAGCAGCAAGGCAGGGAGCGAUGCAGCGAGCCCAGCAUCCCCCACAGCCGUGAGCGGAGACGAGGAGGGCGACGACUCAGGGAAGCAGGAGCUGAUGGUGAGCACGCAGCGGCUGCUGGCCAAGCGGGAACAGCAGCACGUGGCAGAGGCAGAGGAGCUUGGCAAGACAUCCCUUGCUGGACUCGGCGACCUGCAGACGCUUGACACGGAGGAAGGACAGACCACGCUGGUGAACAAGAUGCUUGAUGACCUCGAGAAGCAGCUGGACAGCGCCGGCGAUGACGGCAAGGAGGGCGACACUGCGGGGUCGGCAACAGACCCGUUCACGCCCGAGGAGGAGGCCGUCAUGUCUGCGUUCAUCCGCAGCCAGCUCGGCGAUAAGUUUGACACCAUCGCAGAGAACUCUGAGGAGUACCAGCAGGCGCGGGCAGCUGCAGAGAACAUGAUCCACCGCACCCGUCGCGAUGCAGCCACCAUGGCCGCAGAGGCAGCAAAGGGUGAUGCCCAGCUCAGCAAGGCAGACGUCGACACAGAGCGUCUGAUUCUGAUGCAGGUUGCGGAGACGCAGACGAGCGGCGAGGAGAGCGGUGAAGGCAUGGCGCGGGUGCAGGCGAUUGCUGCCCACUAUCAGGGUCUGCGCAAGGCUGUGCGGGAGCGCAUGAGUGCGGCUGCCAAGCGCAGGAAGGACAAGCGGUGCACAAAGAUUGACACAGAGGCUGCGCAGCAGGAGCGCGAGGAGCUUGAGGCCCUGCAGUCCACGCCCGAGUUCAAGGCGCUGUCACGCGAGGAGCGCCGCCUGCGACAGGACAAGAUCAAGCAGCGGGCCAAGGCGCGUGCGCGCCAGCGCAAGCGCGUGGUUGAGGCUGAGGAGGACGCCAAGGAGCAGGUGCUGGCCGCGCGCAUGGUGAAGCAGCUCAACACGACCGAGCUGAACAAGCUGCAAGAGGCGACCAGGGCGAUGGUGCAGGCGACGGCCGGCAGUGAGGAUGAUGCGGAGAAGAUGGCUGCGGAGUUUGACGAGCGACGCAACAAGGCGCGCCAGCACCUGAGCGACCAGCACAAGCAGCAGAUGAACCGCAUGAAGGAACGGCUGGCCAAGACGCGCCUGAAGAAGCAGGAGGCGCUGACCGUUGCCGUGUCCGAGGCGGUGGAGGUGUCGCAGCUUGAGGUGCCCGAGCUGGAGGUUGCGCCGGAGAGCGUGAUGGAGUUGGAGGCCAUGGAGAAGAACCAGCAGCGCAUGGAGGCUGAGCUGCGCAAGCGCCACGAGCAGGAGCUGAAGGAGCUUGAAGGCAAGCUGCGCAAGGAGGCCGAGGAGGAGGAGAAGCGUGCGCUGGAUGCGUUGGAGGAGCGCAAGCAGCAGGUGCUCAAGGAGAAGCGCUCCAAGCUGGAGGCCGAGGUGCGCGCACGGCCUGACCUCUCCGAGCAGGAAAUGAACCGGCUCAUGAAGCAGCACGAGCAGCAGCUCAACACGCUGUCGGCGCGCAUGGACGUGGAGCGCAACCGCCAGCAGGAGCUGAUCAAGGCCAAACUGGCGGAGCGCAAGCAGAAGCGCAAGAAGCUGCAGGAGCAGCGGCAGGAGGUGGAGCUGCAGCGCGAGAUUGCCACGCAGCGCCAGGAGACAGAGGCGCUCAAGCACGAGCAGGUGCGGGAGGCCGAGCGGGAGGCGAUGGUUACCUCCCUGCAGCAGACGGGCAAGGACGCGGAGACGGUGGUCGCCUCUGUGCUGCAGCGGCGCCACGCGCAGGAGCUGCAGCAGAUCCGUGAGCAGGUGGAGGCUGAGCAGGACGUGGCGCUGAAGGAGCUCAAGGCAACGAUCCAGGAGCGGCACGAGGCGCGGCUUGACGAGCGCGCAACGCGGUACGAGAAGGAGAUGGCCGACUUUAUGGUGGAGUCUGCGUCCAUCGACCCGGAGGCCGCGGAGGAGACGCGGCGCUACAUCGAGCAGGCGUACAAGCUGGACGUGUCUGAGCUGGAGAGCGAGUAUGAGAACGAGCUUGCGCAGGCGGAGACGGCGACCAAUGCGCGGCUGGAGCUGAAGCUGACGGAGAUGCUGCUCAAGCGCAAGGAGCAGCACUACCAGGAGUUUGCAGAGGCGCUGCGCGACCUGUCGCCGCAGUCUGACGAGAGCGCGCAGGCGGAGCAGCGGGCGAUGGAGCUGGAGCGCAUGCGGCAGGAGCUUGAGCAGCAGCGGCGGGAGCAGUUUGAAGAGCUGGAGCAACAGCAGCAGGACAUGCUCAAGGAGCUGCUGGCCGAGCACCAGCAGGCGAUUCUGCAGGAGGAGCAGGAGGAGCGCGAGCGGAUGAGCAAGGAGAUUGAGGAGCUCAACGCCGUGCGGGAGAAGAUCAAGGAGGAGUCGAAGAUGCACAUGAAGAAGCAGUACGAGCAGCUGGCCCAGCUGACGGACGAGGACAGCUCUGCGGUGCUGGACCGCUUCAGCAAGAACCAGGCGCACCUCACGCAGCUGCUUGAUGCAGAGAAGCAGCGGCAGAAGGCUGCCCUCAUGGCCCGGCGUGCACAGCAGAUCCAGAAGCGCCGCCAGCGGCGCCGCCGCAGCACAAAGGCGGUGUCCACUGGCGAUGGUGGCGACUCGCGGCUCGCCACAGCAGCGACCACCACUCGCGGUAGCGAUGGCAGUGAUGGUGCGGAACAGCGCAAGUCGGCAGGUGCUGCUGAGGAGGAGGAGGAGAAGAAGCAGGAGGCAGACAUUGCCACGUUUGACAGCAACGAUGAGGAGGACGAGGAUGACGACGAAGAUGAGGAGGAGUAUGAGGACGAGGAGGCGGAGCUGUCUGCGGAGGGCCCCUCUGCACCGGCCUACGGUCCCGGCGACGCCAUCACGUCUGAGCGGCUGCGGGAGUCUGCUGCCUCGACGGGCGUGUUUUCGCGCCUGCAGGCGAUUGAGGCGAUGCUGCGCUCCACGGGCAAGACGCGUGCGCCCGCGCACCUGGCGGACGACCUGUGCAAGGACUUCACGCUGGAAGGCGAUGAGCCCGUGGUUGUGUCUGAGGAGGAGCUGGAGCCGGCAGAGGUGCUGUCGAUGGAAGUUGGCGCGGCCGUGUGCGAGUGGCUGUCCGCGCAGCAUGGGUACCCGCGCGUGCACGUGCUUGCUGCAUCGCAGCUGCCUGGCGUGCGUGCAGAUCUCAACAAUGCGUACGAGGGCAACGCGUACCGCAAGAGCAUGCUGUUUGUUGAGGCUGAGCAGCAGCUUGUGGUGCGGCGGGAGUACCUGCGUGAUGUGCACACGCUGCUGCCGCUGCUGCUGCACUCGAUGGCGCACGUUGCUGUCGGCGAGAUGAAGCGGGACGAUGCGCCGUCCUUCCUGGCUUCGUUUCACCGCACCAUUGGCCUUGUUGGGCAGCUGCUCCUCAGCGCCAAGCUGGACACGAGCAAGGCGCUCAAGAAGAUUGAGUCUGCCAAGCCCCAGGCAAAGAAGGAUGCCGCCCGCAAGUUUGUGCAGCCCAUGCUGCACUCAUGA